GAUAUGAUUGGAUCUAUGAUUGGAUCUAAACCCCGAGGGGGCUAUCCAUACCCCAUCUUUGGAUCUGGAACUGGACUGUUUGUAUCGGAUGAGUCCGUAGUGAAGCCCGUGGUGAGCGUGUACCCAGCAGCAUCCAGAGUCCCUGUGGAGAGGGGCAGCUCCCUGCUGUGUCUGGCCUCAGCCAUGUUUCCUCCUGUGGUCCAGUUCUCCUGGAAAAGACAGAAGAACAACGGACAACCAGAGAACCUUCCUUCUACUGGGACAGAGCAGCUGGAUCUCAGAGAGUCUGGACGCAGCGCCUCCAUCCUGCUGAUCCAUCAGCAAGAGGACAGCUCCUAUAAAUACAUCUGCUCCGUCAAACAUGAGGGGGGAACAGUGGAGGUCCAAACACAACAAGAGUUUGCUGCACUUCCAGCUGCAGGUUCCACAGCAGCUCUAACAUCCCAUCCAGCAUCUUCCAGCAUUCUAGCAGAGGGAACAGCCUCUGUUCCUCCUCUGGACCUGGUGAAGCUGUCCUUCCAGUCUGAGUGCAGGGUGAAGCUGCUCUGCCUGCUGUACACAGUGCUGAUAGUGAAGAGUCUGGUGUACUGCUGUGGACUCUCUCUGCUGAUGAUCCUCAGAAACAAGGGAGCAUCCACCAACUCCAAACAUGCUGACUGACUGUUUUCUGAUCCUCUUUUCUCUCCAUCAAAUCUCAUCCUUUCAUCUCAUUCAUCACUUUGAUCACAGCUCUCUAAUGUUCUUAAUGACUUGAUACAGAUUCUUCAUCAAACUGUGUCAGUAGAUGUUUUAUGAAGAUGUUACAUUGAUUUCUUCUUUUUCUUUUAAAUAUUUUUAUACACAGUGAUCC